AUGCCCCUUCCCCGGCAGACCAACUUCUUGAAGGUGAUACUUGCGUUCCACUCUGAAAAGAUACCAUCUAUUAUUGUUAGGAGGAAAACGCUUUUGUCCAUGGCCGACAUUGUAGCAACGAGGGUUUUUACAGACAGCAAGAUCAAACCCCUUCUAAAUAGGUGCCCUGGCGGUGAGGACAUUAGGACAAGAGACUCUGCCUCACUUCAAAAUACUGUCAGGCCCAACCGCGAUGACUCUGCAGCGUGCCAUCCGCGACCAAACUCGAUACCCUCUCAAACUGCUAUAUAUGAGGAUGAUAAUCUGCAGACUGCCCUCGACGAAAGGGAACUUAUUGAUUCAUUCAGAGCCCUUCCUCCGAAAGAACAGUCGGUGAUGAUGCAAAGAUUUGACACGCUUAAAACUCAGCUUUUGCAAGUCCAACAUAGAGGGGAAGAUACUAACGAUGUCUCAAAUAAUCCCACUUGGGCCCACCGGACAGAAGUGGUUGACCUUCUUCAGCUCAGCCCCACUCUGAAUUCAAAAACCAUCCGACAAGACUCAAAUCUUCAAGUUGCUUCUGCAGCGUGCGCUACAUCACGAGACGACCAGGCUCUGCCAUCCUCACUGAACCUUCAUCUAUAUUCAUCAACCAACAUACCUAAGGACGAAAUUCUGAUUUCCUGCUUGACUCAAAUCCCUCUUUAA